CGCAUCACCCUCAACUAACUCUCAUCGUCUUCCUCGGGUAGUUCGCCCUCCUUGUUCCAUUUGCUGCUGCUAGGAUAGCUUGAAGAUCGGAAUGCUGCCGAAGGAUCGGAGAGCGCGAACGGAUUGAGCUUGUAGGCUGGAUGGACAAUAUGAAUUACUUACCAGUGAGGUUUCAGUUGGGGGGAGAGUUUGUGCAUCAUGGAGAGACCAUUGACUUCAUGGGUGGAGAUGAAGCCUGGUCAUAUAUUGAAAGGAAAAAGGUUUCAGUAUGUGAGAUUGUUGCCAAUUUGAAAAGACACAUGAUUAUCACCGAUAAAGAUUUGGCUUUUUUGCACUGGUUAUUUCCUGGAAAAGAGCUUGUCAAUAGUUUAAGACCUCUCUACGAUGACAAAGAGUGCUCCUACAUGUUGGAGUGCACAACAGGUGGUGCUAUUGCAAAUGUGUAUGCAGAGGUUGUCCAUGAAAACUCAGAAGAGGAGGAUGAUAGUGAUUUAGAGAAUCAAGUAGAAGAGAAGGAAGAGUCUGGUUCAGAAGGAGAUGACCAUGUCAUUUCUAUUCCAAUAGCUAUUUCCAGCCCUUCAAAAGAUUUGGAAAGGUACAUAUCCUUCAAAGAUUGGGAGGGUGAUGAUUUAGAAAAUUUAGAAGAAGAUGAGGAGGCCAAGCAAUAUAGAAGACAUGUCAAGAUGGUUAAGAAAGGGAUCAAAGGGAGGGAGGAUAUCUAUGAAGCUUUAGUGCAAGCUAGACAUCAAGUACCACAGCUAUAUGUUGAUGAAGAUUUGGAUGUUGGCAAUGAUACACCAUAUUUUGAUUCAAGUGAAGAAGCCUCUUAUGAUGAUGAUGAGGGUCCUGAGAUCAGUGGGUGUAGAAGGAAGAGUAGGUUCCCUAGGUUUGAUGAUGCUACUCCAUUACCUAUUUUUCAGUUGCCAUGACUUUUAGGGGAAGGGAAGAGUUCAAACAAGGUAUGGUUAAUUAUGGGCUUACAAUGAAGAGACAUAUUACCUUUCCUAAAGAUGAGAAGAGGAGGAUCAGAGCCAAGUGUUCAUGGUAUGGUUGCCCCUGGAUGAUUUAUGGUUCAUAUAGUUCAAAGUGUGAUUGGUUCCAAGUCCAAACAUAUACUCCUCAUCACAAAUGUCCUCAAAAGAGAGAUAACAAGCUUGUAACUGCUAGGAGAAUUGCUGACAAGUAUGAAUCACUAAUAAAGGCUAACCCCUCUUGGAAGCUACAAGACUUGAAGGAAAAAGUCUUACUUGACAUGGGCGCAGAUGUUACUUUGUCAUGAAGAGAAUUUAUGAUGCUGCCAAAGAAGAAUAUCCCAAGCUAUUUGAUUACCAAUUGGAGAUCCUAAGAAGUAAUCCAGGUAGCACUGUGGCUAUUUCCUUGGACCCUAAAAUCGUCAUAAAGCAUGUGUUCUAGAGGAUUUAUGUCUAUUUUGAGGCAUGCAAAAAGGAUUUCUUAGCUGGAUGCAGACAAGUGCUAGGAUUUCAUGGGUGCUUCUUCAAAGGGGCUUGUAAUGGAGAGCUACUUUGUGCACUGGGUAGGGAUGCCAACAAUCAAAUGUAUCAUAUUGCAUGGGCUGUGGUGGAGAAGGAAACUUCUGGAUCUUGGUAUUGGUUCAUAGGUCUACUACAAAAGGAUUUGAACAUUGAUGCAAAUGGAGAAGGGUGGGUGGUGAUAUCUGAUCAACAAAAGGGUCUUUUAAAUGCAAUUGGGGAGCUGUUGCCACAUGCUGAGCAUAGGAUGUGCACAAGACAUAUUUAUGCAAAUUGGAGGAAGAAGUAUAGAGAUCAGAAGUUUUAGAAGCCAUUUUGGAGUUGUGCCAAGGCUUCCAAUAAGGAAAUGUUCAACUACUGUAAGGCUCUCCUAGCUCAAAAAACACCUAAAGGUGCUAAGCCAUGAUGAACAUAGAACCAAUCCAUUAGAGUAGAGCCUGGUUUAGAAUUGGUAGCAAUUUGUCAUAGUGUGGACAACAACAUGUGUGAGAAUUUCAAUAAUUGGAUUAUAGCUAUUAAGGCUUUUCCAAUAAUCACAAUGCUUGAAGGCUUAAGGUGCAAGACCUAUGUAAGGAUACAUGAAAACAGAUUUAAGUCAGAAAAAUGGUUGGGAAGGAUCUGCCCUAACAUAGUGAAAAAAUAAAUAAAUAUAUUGACUACUCUGAUAAGUGGCUGUCAAUUUGAAAUGUAAAGGAUGAGUUUGAGGUAAAGCAUGGACAGAAAAAGUACAAGGUAAAUGUAGAACAGAGGACAUGCUCCUGCAGGUUAUGACAGCUUGCUAGUAUCUCUUGUUGCCAUGCAAUUUCUGCACUUCAUCUUAUGUCCAAGAAUCCAGAAGACUACAUUGCAAAUUGUUAUACCAUUGAUACAUAUAACAACAUAUAUGAGCAUUGCAUGUUGCCAAUGGAGGGUAUGUCAAGUUGGCCGAUAUCAGAUCAUCCAAAACCACACCCUCCAGGAUAUGUGAGGAUGCUAGGAAGGUCACAAAAGAAGAGAAGAAGGAAUCCAUUUGAACCUAAGAAAGGAACCAAGUUAUCAAAGGUUGGCAUUAAAAUGAAAUGUAGGCUUUGCAAAAGUGAAAAGCAUAAUGCAAGGAAAUGUCAAAAAAACCAGAUAAAGAAAAAAAGAAGAAUUUCAUGAAGAAAAGAAUGCAGGCUGAAAUUGCAUCUCAAGCAGUUGAAAGUUCAAAUUCAGCGGUGUGCAUUACCGACAAAGAAUACUUUUGUUCUUUUUUUUCAUUGCCUUGUUUCUCUACUUAUUUUGUUUUCAUUGCCUUGUUUCUCUACUUAUUUUGAUGGGUUCUCUAUGUCAGGUUACAAAGAGAAGAAAGAAUGCGACAAAUAAAUGGGUGGCUUCAAGUGAAAAUCGUCUGACAGCAACUACGAUAUUCCUGGUAUGGUGACAGUAAAGUUUUCAUUGCAAAUUACUAAAAGUGGAGAAAAUACUUAAUCUUGAUCAUUCUUGUCUUUCUGUCCUUAGACUAAAGUACAUUCACAGGAAGGCAUCAACUAAAAGAGAUAGGAUUUUGGGUCUUAUGAAAGCUACAACAAUUUUGUGUUAUUAGUCCUCAAGAACUCUGAAUUGUUCCACGUUCUUCUAUGCAAAAGUAUUCAGACCAAGCAAUAAUAUGCAAAAAAUGCUACCUGAGAUGUUGUUCAGAGCAUGUUCCUGCUUGAAUCAUUUGUUUAUUUUUUUGGCAAUAAUAAGCAGCUACUUGAUGUAAUGGAUUGCUAGG